AUGUCUCUGUCGCGCACAACUGGCGCGUUCGCGCGCUCGGCCUCCACCUUCCAGCGCUUCGCCGUACCCUCUUCCGCCCCCCGCAAAUGUUCGCAAUGCCUACGAUCGUUCGCUUCAUCGGCGGCCUACCGUCAGUCAGCAAAGAGGCAAAUGCAGACGGCAACAGCAUACCAACCGCAUACUCUACAGCAUCUGCCAGUCCCGUCUCGCAAUGCUGGCGUGCCCGACACUUCAAUAGCCGGCGGAAAGCCAGAGGCAAAUAACUCGAUACCACCGCGGUUGUCGCCAGAGCAAAUCAACCAGGCCUCGCAGCAGGACCGGCCCAGUGUGAGCAUACCAGAAGCCGCAGCACAGAAAAGCGAAUCAGUACCCGAGAAACCUCUCCGGCCGCGGCGGUUCAAAUUCGGGCCUCGGAAAGCGGUGAUGAAGCUUUCGCCAUCGGCUGUUGCGCACCUGCGAGAACUGCUCAACCAACCGGAGCCAAAGCUUAUUCGGAUAGGCACAAGGGCAAAGGGUUGUUCUGGACUGGCAUACCAUCUGGAAUACGUUGAUAAGCCAAACGCAUUGGACGAACAGGUCGAGCAGGAUGGCGUCAAGGUGUUGAUCGACAACAAGGCGUUGCUGAAUAUUAUUGGAAGUGAGAUGGAUUGGUUGGAGGACAAGCUGAACGAGCGCUUCAUCUUCAGGAAUCCAAAUAUUACUGAGCAAUGCGGUUGCGGAGAGUCGUUUAGUGUAUCAUGA